GGUAAACUAGUUUCAAAGAUGGGCUAGAGGGUAGAUCUGGUAUUUUUUAUAUAAAUGUCUAGGGUUCUUUAAAAGAGUCUCAUUUACAUUUGACGACCCUGUUCUUACGGCUUUAGCUUAAACAACAGAUCCGACAAUGCCUAAGCAAAUCCACGAUAUUAAGGACUUCCUUUUGACAGCGAGGAGGAAAGAUGCUCGAUCUGUGAAGAUCAAGAAAAGCAAAGACAUUGUCAAGUUCAAGGUCAGAUGCUCGAAGUACCUCUACACUUUCUGCGUCUUUGACCAAGAGAAAGCCGACAAGCUUAAGCAGUCCCUUCCUCCAGGUUUGAGUGUGCAAGACCUUUGAAGAUGAAGAUGCCCUGAUGAUCAAUCUUCUUUGCCGUUUUAUAUUUGUCCUAGAAGAAUAUGCUUUGUGUCCUCGUUAAAUUAAACCUAGACUUUUCAGUAUGCUCCAGUGUGACUGUUUAUGAAUUGAUUCAGUUUUUAAUAUCAGAAAAGGUCUCGCUCUUGAUAUAA